UAAAUGUCCAAAAGAAGAUUCCCUUCGAAAGUGUCUUAAUCAAUACAUUAAGGAAGCUGUUAGUUUUCGAGAUAAUUUUUCUGCCUAUAAUGCUGAUCUUAGCGUGGAAUAUAACAAACGAGUUAUUCAUCCGAUAUGUGGAAUCAAAUUAAAUUUUCCUAUCGUUGCAAGAUCUCCGUCAUCUACUUUCGUGACUGCAUCGCACAGCUACCCUAAUUUAAAACGUUCGGCUCGGUUUGGAGGGAAUCUGACACGUUUAAAAUUAUUUGGCAUGCCAUAA